AUGACUAUGUAUGGUAAGUCGCGACAUCCACGCUCAUCAAUGUGUAUUUUGGUAAAAUUCUGGGGUAGCGGUCCCCCUAGACGCUCUUCUUCUGCCCAAAUCAUGUCCUGGGGUAGCGGUCUUUGGCUAUAUCGGGUCCGAAUUAUGGAGAAUAUUAUGCGUUCCUCAGAAUGGAGUUCUUCCAGUGCAACUGUAAAAUCUCCUCUUCGUCAAGCUCCGGAAAUCACUCAAGUGAAGCCGACUGCCGAGGUCCAGCCAAAAGCGGAUGAGAAAGAUGUGGCUCCAAUUUAUGCUGAUGAUGUCGAGCGGAGCCCAUUCGAUGAUGAAGAAGUUCUCGUUGACUUGCAACCGAAGAUGGAGGAUUGCGGUGAAUAA